AUGGGCUGUGUUGUCAUUGCAGACAUAAAGACGACCGUGGUCUACCCUGCCACAGAGAAACACCUGCAGAAGUACCUGCGCCAGGACUUGCACCUGGUCCGGGAGACAGGCGAUGACUACAAGAAUGUUACCUUACCCUACCUGGAGUCCCAGAGCCUCAGCAUCCAGUGGGUAUACAACAUUCUCGACAAGAAAGCUGAAGUCGACCGGAUUGUUUUUGAGAACCCAGAUCCCUCAGAUGGCUUUGUCCUCAUCCCCGACCUCAAGUGGAACCAACAGCAGCUUGAUGACCUGUACUUGAUCGCCAUCUGCCAUCGCCGGGGCAUCAAAUCGCUUCGGGACCUGACGCCAGAGCAUCUGCCACUGCUCAGGAAUAUCCUCCAUGAAGGCCAGGCAGCCAUCCUGCAGCGCUACCAGGUGAAGGGGGACCGCCUGCGUGUGUACCUGCACUACCUACCCUCCUACUACCACCUGCACGUGCACUUCACUGCCCUGGGCUUCGAAGCCCCCGGCUCGGGCGUGGAGCGAGCUCACCUGCUGGCUGAGGUGAUCGAGAACCUGGAGUGCAACCCCAAGCACUAUCAGCAGCGCUCACUGACCUUCACCCUCAGGGCCGACGACCCCCUCCUCAAGCUCCUGCAGGAGGCCCAGCAGCGCUGAGCCCUCAUCGGGGGAGAAGCACAGACAUGUGGGAUGUGGGGCAGGGGGAGGGUGGAUUUUUAUCUCCAAUGGGUUUUUUAAAAAAAUGUGUUUUGUACUGGCUUGUUCCUUGUGUGUGAAUAAAGUCCUAGGCUCA